AUGAACGCGUAUUUUCAUAAAAUCCAGUCGAUACGCGACAAAACAAUCAAUCAUGGAUUUCUAGCGCGGAAAUUUAAAGCGAAUUAUUCUUCUUUAAACGAGAGAGACAUGAAGGGAACGAAACUUGAUUGUGUCCAGAGUUCUGAAAAUGAAAUACUAAGAAUUUUUCAAGCUUUAUUAUUGUCUACUUGUAUGCUACUUGUAAAUUAUCAUAGCGUUCGUUAUGGUCAAAUAGAGUAUAGCAUUUUGGACACUGGCGAGAUUGCUGAAGGUUACACUCAUAAAGCUGUGAUCACUUUGAGCUUAGGUUAUUCCAUGCCGUAUGCAAUUAUUUCUUUCUUGGCUAUUGGCAUGCUUAUUUAUUCUCUGAUUUCGGAAAUUCCUCGAUGGAGUCUGCCAUCGAUAGUUCUCUAUCUGGCUGAUUUUGUUUGUGGUAUCAGUGAGGCUAUUGUUGCUAUUUGGUUAUUUGUUUCCCAUUUUCCUAUAUCAACAGCUUUGUCUUAUACGACAGGAACAAUUUUACUAAUAUUUGGAGAAAUUUGGAUGUGGCUCGGUGUUCUUCGACUGUACGAACAGAGAACUUUCAAAUGAAGCGUAGCAUCGUCAUUAAAACGAAAAUAAAAGGAAAGAUUCA